CCCUCCCCCAACAGUGCCGGCGGCUGCACAAGACAGCCAGGGCCCUGGGCCCAGAGGCCAGGGGUCGUCCCCACUCGCUGUGACUAGCGAUCGUGGAGCUCCUCCCUUUGGUUCGUCCACCCGCUGCGGGGUAGCUGCGAUGACGUCCCCCUCCGUGGGAGGCAUGCCUCCGCUCGACAGAGCAUCGUGGGCUCUUCCAUCGCCGAAGCGUCCGCCGUAUUGUGUGCCGGGAUUUGAAUUAUCUCAUUUCUCGGCCUUCUCCAGUUUUCUUCUUUUCCUCCCCCCCCCCGCUCCCCUCUCUUACAUUCUGUUUUCGGCUUCUUUCGACGUCCGGCCCGGUUCUCUUAUCAAAUCCCGCGGCAAACUGCACAGUCACGGCUCAUCUUUAAAUACCUCGUGCUCGGCUAUUAUUGCUUCGAGGUCAGGGUACACCCUUAAGUUCGAUCCCGCACGCCAGAGGAACUCCUCUCGAGCUAUCGCAGGCAAACAUCGGCAGAAACCAAUAACCUCAGCGUACCGACAUAAGGAGCCCCCCUCCCCUCCCACAAUGCCUCCCAUCCGCCUCGCGACGGCGUCUCCCGCGGCGGGGCCGACUACCGCCGCAACCCUGCAGCAGAUCUCCCUCCUCGCCGCCCGCGCCUCCGCCAACGCGGCCGACCUCCUCCUACUGCCCGAGGCCUACCUCGGCGCCGGGUACCCGCGCGGCGCCUCUUUCGGCUCUAAGAUCGGCUCCCGCACCGCCGAGGGCCGCGAUGACUUCCUUGCCUACUUCAACGCCGCCGUUGACCUCGGCGACACCGUCGGCGACGCCGGCGCCGGCGCUGGCGACAAGUGGGUUAACAGAGACCUGCCCGCGCAGAAUCUUACCACCGCCGCCGACGGGGACGAGGGCAAGCCGAAGCCGAAGCGGGGCGACGGCUCGAGGGAGGAACUCGAGAAGAUCGCCGCCGACUCGGGCGUCUUCCUCGUCGUCGGCUGCAUCGAGCGCGCCGGCGGCAGCCUGUACUGCGCCGUCGUCUACGUCUGUCCCAGGUUGGGAAUGAUCGGGAAGAGGCGCAAGGUGAUGCCCACCGCCACCGAACGCCUCAUCUGGGCUCAGGGCUCCCCCGCCACCCUCCGCGCCGUCUCCACCACUAUCCGCGGCGUCCGCCUCAACCUCGCCGCCGCCAUUUGCUGGGAGAACUACAUGCCCCUCCUCCGCCAGGCCCUCUACGCCCAGAACAUCAACCUCUACCUCGCUCCGACCGCCGACGGCCGCGAUACCUGGCUGCCUCUCAUGCGCGCCAUCGCCUGCGAGGGCCGCUGCUUCGUCGUCUCCUCCAACAUGGCCGUCCGGCCCCCCGCGUCGUCGUCGGCUUCUGCCGUGCAGCGCGACAGUAGCGACGGCAACGACGACGACGACCAACCAGACGCCGACGCCUACCCCCGCGCCCGCCGCAACUCGUGCCUCACCGAGGAGGGCUUCGAGAUCGCGCUCCCCGAAAAGCACAAACCCGUCAACGGCACCUCCGCCACAACCACCGACAGCCCGCGCCGCCGCCGCAAAUCCGUCAUCGUCGAGGACGGCAACGAGAUCGUCCUGCCCGGCGACGUCGACGACGACGACAACGCCCCCAUCAACGGCGCCAAUGGCACCCGGUCCUCCGCCGCCAUCAAGACGGCGGCGAAACCAGCUGCUGACUGGGUCUCCCGCGGCGGCUCCUCCAUCGUAGGCCCCUUCGGCGACGUACUCGCCGGCCCCCAGUGGGAGGACGACGAGGGACUCAUCUACGCCGACGUCGACUUUGACGACUGCAUCCGCGGCCGCCUCGACAUCGACGUCGGCGGCAGCUACUCCCGCAACGACUCCUUCAAGUUCUCUGUCGACGGCCUGGACCUGGACCCCCUGCCGUACUAAGAGGCGCCGCUGGCCCGCUGCCUCGCCGGGCUGUCGGCAUGCCCCAUCUGGGUCUGCCACGUCAAGUCGGCGAUGCAACCGACUCGUGGAAGAUGCUACGCUGCGUGUCAGGCACCGUAGGACCAUCAAACCGGCUCUCUGUAAUCACACCAGAACAAAAGCGGUGUCAUCGCUGACGAGUACAAACUGUAGCUUUCGCUCGUAAUGCAUGUAUUUCCGUUGACGUUUGGCUCACGCCUAGACUGACCGCGUAUGAACCCCCUUGAUGGUAGUGUGAUAUCCAUGAACCCCUGAUCCCCAAUUCCCAACCUUCCCAAUCCUCCCAUGUAAUGCCAGCCAUAAAGAAAAACCCACCAUGCCACAGAUUCAUUAAUGCGAGAGAAAUGGUCGUGAAGAGCAGUUGGGCGCCAUGUUCUUAGCGCUCCUCUUCGGUCUUCGCUCGACUCGAGCCCUCGCCCCUGUCCUCAGAUCCGUCCUUUUCCGACGCCUCCCGGGGGCUGGUCAGCGGACUCGUCACGCCGCCAAUGCUCCCGCUGAUGCUCUCUGAUCGACCGUGGCCCAGCAAUCCGCUCCGGACGCUUGCCCCGUCGCCGUUGCCACUCUGCUUUGCAUAGAAGCUGUUCCGGUCGCCGGGCAUAGCAGGGGCAACGCCCGUGGCCGAGUAGAUGCUGGUGCGCUCGGCGUUGGCGAUGCGCGAGCUGCUAUGGUGAAGGCCGGGGGUUGUCGGCAUGCCGACGACCGGAUCGAUGUUGGCACUGAGAACGCUGAGAGGGAGACUCUCGCGGCUACCGCCCCAGAGGGAGGAGGGGGCCAAGGCGCGAACCGAGGCGUCCGUAUCGAGCGACCGGCGACGGCGGCGCUGGGAUGACGACGCCAAGGUGAUGAUGGAUGCGUUGUCGGUGAGAAGGUUGUUGGCGGUGGCGGUGGUGUAGGUCGUGGGGUUACCUGGUCCCGCCGCGGCGGGUGCGAGGUGGGCGGGAAUGGCGGAGGCGGGCGAGGCCGUCGGGAAGGGUUGGUUGAAGUGGAUCGAUUGGGUAUGACCCUGGUGCGAUGUGUGGUUGCCGUUGGUGGUCGGGUUCGUUGGCACAUGGGUGCCGCCAUUAUUUGGCGCCAUGGACUGGAUUGUCGUCAGGGUUGUCGUCAGCGAGCGCACAGAGGGCGCUGGCGACGAAAAGGUGCUGUCGCCUCCCCUGCGAGAUUCGACGCCGCCGAUGGUCCGGCUUGUUCCGGCGACCGAGGGAGCGCCGUGAGAGGGAGCGACGAGCGAAGGGGCUCUGUCGUGGUCUGUCGAUAUCGUUGGGGCCAUGGACCUUGCACCGGCGGUGGGCGGGGCGCGACCAUCAUCGGAUGACAUGCGCGAGGAGGGUUCGAGAGAGGUCGCGCUCCCGCUCAGGGCGGUUGAGAAGGAAUAGGAACUGGUUUCGACAUCGACAUCGGCGUGGCUGGCGGAGGCCACGCGGCCAGACUGGGGAUAUGGGUUGUUGCUGUUGUUGUUAUUGUUGUUCUUGGAGGCCCGCAGUUUGGCAUGUAGUUUGGCCUGCUGGCGUUUCGAAGUGGGAAGAUGCACGCCGCCUCCGUCGCUCGAGGAGGACGUCUUGAAGUUUGUGAGCUUCUUGACCCAGGUGGAAAAAGGACGGCGCCUGCCUGCACGAUCGGGGCGAUCUAGCAUUUUGUCAGUGUUUCUAGGUGGCUGGGUGCGUCUGCAGAAGACGGCGUGGGCUGAAUGAGACCUGCCGAGGGGUGCGACGAGGGCGAGUAGAAUCGACGGUCAUGGGAAUGUGGGCGACAAAGAAAAAUGCGGUCAAUUACCGUGCGGCUGCAGUGCGGCCUCGGUCGUAGCCAUUCGGUAGCCUUGUGGGCAGGACGACAACGCAGAGCAAGCAAUUAUUCGCGAGAGACCCCAGCCGAUGAAGACUUGGCCAAGUGUUGUCGGGCUAAGUGUCGGCGCAAUGGCAGAGUAAGGUGCCGAGUCUAGGUGGGCGAGUCGAGUCGAGUCGAUUCAAAUCGAGUUGUCGGAGCGUGGUGUGAAGGACAGGACAAGCAAGAGUACGUUGGAGAGGAGAGUCGAAAGAAAAGAGAGUGAGCAGCGGGUGUCGGUCGGUAGGAGAGUCAGGUUCGCGGACGAAGAAGCCCUGCCGAGAAAAUCGAAGGAAUACGAAUGAAAUGCGCUGGCCAGAUGGUGUGCGUGUGUUUGUGUGCGUGCGUAUCGAUCGUGAGGUGGAAAGGCGGGAAAGACGGGAAAGGCGAUGGGAAUGGGUAUUGAAGGAGGGACGAAGGCGAAGAAUGGGAAUGAGAAUGGAAAUGAG